AUGAGUUUAUUGCAAUUUCUGGUAACAGACAUUGACCAGGCUGUGGCAGCCGUCAGCUUAUUUUAUGCUCAGCAUAUUCUACCUUUCGUCAGGCGUAGAUCCCCAAAAACCGUCAUUGCCGCCGCUGUAGCGACGGUUUUCAGCUAUCAGAUAUACCGGAAAAUGCGUAUCCCACGAAAUCUUCAACACAUCCCUUCCGUUUCAUACUGGCGAUACAUGAGGUCCGUUCUUUCAGGUGAAGGAAUAGACGUCCGGGCACGCGAGAUUGUUCUUCCCGUGUUAUCAACCUCACCAAGCGGCCUUUACCUGCGACCCAAACGUUUAGGAUGGGCUGUGGCUGUUGCCGAUCCUGUAGCAAUCAAAGCGCUGUUUUUUCGUAGAGAUGAUUUUCCAAAAAGCCAAGGCUUUGUACAGAGACAAGAAGCGUUGGCGGCAAAGUAUAUCGGAGCUGGGAACAUUGUUACAUCAAACGGUGAUGUUUGGAAGAAACACCGCAUGAUUGCGAAUCCCGCUUUUCAUAGAUCCAUGCCUGUCAAGCUCUUUGGCAAAUUGUGUGAAAAGAUGAUGGUUCGUUUUGAGAAAGAAGGACAGGGUCUCGAAAAUGUUGAUGUCCCAAAUUUGUUACAACGUUUCACAUUGGAUGUUAUUGGACUGGCAGCCUUCGGUUAUGAUUUUGAGGCUCUUGAUAGCCCAGUCAACCAUAAGGUUCAAACGUAUAAUGCCAUCAACCAUGGAACUCGAGAUCCACUCUACUUCUUCCUCCCUUUCCUCGAGAGAAACUUCCUUUGGGCGUUGCCGAAGCGUAGAGAGCUGCACAGAAAGAUGGAUGAUAUGAAUGCCAUCUUUUAUAGCAUUAUCGAGCACAAGCGUAUCUCUCUAGCUAGUACGAAAGACAAAACUGAAGACGCUGAAAAGGACUUGCUUACCCUAAUGCUUGAAGCCAAUGAAGAGGCAACAGACGCCAAGCAUCGACUUUCGGACUCAGAGCUUCGUGAUGACUUGGCCGUCUUCUUCUUAGCAGGACAUGAUACCACUGCAAACGCACUAUCAUUUGCACUUUACUAUUUGGCUGUCAACCAUCAUGUACAAGAGAAAGCUCGUAAAGAAGUUAUCGAUAUUCUAGGAGACGUUGAUGAUGUUAUCUAUCCGACAGCAGCACAAUGCUCUGAAAUGAAGUACAUUUACAUGAUAAUGAAAGAGACACUGCGGUUGAAUCCACCUGUUCAAAAUAGCACAUUACGAGUUGUUCAAGAAGACACUCAUCUUGAAGGCACAUUCAUUCCGAAAGGAUCCACGUUAUCUGCCGACAUAUAUAUGAUGCACCACAAUCCUAAGCUUUGGAAGGACACCGAAAAGUUUACACCUGAGCGCUUCGAAGUUGGGGGUGAGAAUGACUCCAAAAGAGGAAUUGGUCUUGCUUGGGUUCCGUUCGGAAAUGGAGCAAGACAAUGUAUUGGCAUGAACUUCAGUUUUGCAGAACAAAAGGUAACUCUGGCUAUGCUCCUUCGUCAAUUUACUUGGACUCUUCCGGAAGAUAGCAUCAACAAGGACCGUGUUGUUCUAGAUGGUGGAAUGUUUUUCUCUACUCCCAAAGACUUACGGCUGAAAUUCAGCAAGCGAUUUUGAGU